GCGUCCGAGAACACCCGCGUGCAGCGGGAAGCGCCUCGCCGCGAGCCUGGUUCCUUAGUCGUCUAUUCCAUCCCCGCUGCCCCGAAGUGAGUGGUUGCGCCCACCGCGUCCAGGGCAAGAGCGAGGAAAAGAGGAAGGGGGCUGCCGCCCGCGCGCUGUUUGGCCAGGGGAGAUGUUUGUGAGGCGAGGAGGCGGCUAAGUCAUCCUUCGGCUCAGGGUGUGCGACUCGGAGGGCGGAAACUUGGGAAGAACUAAGCAUGCGGGGCGGGGAGCGGGGGGUUGAGGAGUCUUGCGUCAGUGAAGGAGCUGAGGUGGAGAAGCGAAGCGAGAAGCGAGAAGCGGAGUUCGCGGCGGAGCCGAAGAGAGGCGACGUAAUAAGGAGAUAAAUAGGCAAGGAAGGGGGAAAGUCCCAGGAGAGAGAAGUAGUCUUCAGGACAGGUUGAGCUGCGGGACGUCUCUCCUCGUGCCCUGCGAGCCCCGAGCGCGCCAGUUGUGGCGGGCAUGGAGCUGCUCCCGAAGCCCCUCAGGUGGACUGUGCUGAUUCUUCUGUCUCUGUCCGGCUGCCUCGGCCAGACCGCGCCGCACUUGCGCCCCAAUCGACCGGGCGUCAGGAACAAGAACUGGUGUGCCUACAUUGUGAACAAGAAUGUGACCUGCUCUGUGCUGGAUGGCACAGAGAGUUUUGUUCAAGUUCAGUACUCAUGUGCCUGGAACCAGAUCCCCUGCCCACAUGCUCCUGUGUAUCGAACAAGUUUCAGACCUAAAUAUACAAUAACAUAUAAGACAGUAACAGAAUUGGAAUGGAGAUGUUGCCCUGGAUACAUGGGUAUAGAUUGCAAAGAAGGCACACCACAAAAGCCAAGGUCUGCUGUUUACCCAGCACAGCUACCAGCAGAUGACAUGAAGCCAAGCCUGGACACUAAUCUGAAGCAAGAACAACAGGAUUCACAGGAUAAAAGAAUUCAGCUACUUGAGGAUGAAGUAUUCCGCCUUACACAGACUGUGUUAGAGCUUCAGUCCUCCUUAACAGGUGUGAAUGAAAACCUAAAGCUUUCUGUUCAAGAAGAUGCAAGUCGGAUGCUUGUAUCAUGGUUGAACAACCUUCAUGACCGUCCAGAGCCUGACAGUACGGCUGAGGGUGAAACAAAGAAAAUUCAUGUGUUUGGAAGUAAAGACCAAAAGGAACCUGGAAUAGAAAAUAUAAAAUCUGAGCCAACAGAAGAUGGCUUGAAGGACAAAGAUGACAAGGUGGAAGAAGUGAAAGGGAAAGCAAAUGGCUAUGAAGCACAAUUAAAACAGCUCCAAGAAGCCGCCCAAGGCCCAACUGUUAUGAUGCCGAGUAGCCAGUUGUAUCAGCAAUACAUUGAUGCUAGGUUUGAAGAUCUGAGACAGGAAAUUUUGGAAGGAUUUGAGAAGAAAAUGGCAGAUCUGAAAAAUUCCUGUGAGUACAAACUGAUGGAUAUUCAACAACAUUGUGAUGAUCAUGAAGCCAGCUGCCAAGGAAUAAGGGAACUUAUUGGAGAGAAGGAAAAUGACAUCAGAAAGGAGAUAAAACAAAUUCAGACACUUAUCCAAGCACCAUCAAACCACUCAAUUUGUUGCAGUAAUGCUGAAAUUGAUGCUUUUGGACAGCAGCUAAAACAUUUGGGCAAGAAGAUUGACAGAACUGCAGAAGCAAACAGGAUUUUAAAUGCCAGAAUAGAUAAUGAAAUGAAAUACAUAGCCACUCCAUAUCUGGAAGGCAACUUUGAUGCAAAAUGGGAGGAAGUGGAAGCCAGGAUCAAUGUUACAGAGAGAAAUGCUGAACAACACUGCUUUUACAUUGAAGAAACUCUUCGUGGUGUUAUAGCUACUGAAGUAGAUGAAGCGAAAGACAUAUUUGACAAAAAGCUUCAGGCACUGGAAAACCGUCUGAGUGCUACUUUUCUAGAUGUUACUAAUAUCACAAAUCCAGAUGAGAAAAAUAUUGAUCUAGUAUCAAUUUUGCACAGCAAUUCAGGGUCUGGAAAUGAACAGUUUGUCUCUGAGAUUAAUAUUGUGAAGAACAAACUGCAAGAUAUUGAAAACCUUUGCAGGCAGAAAUGCCAGCCAGUAUCACACAAUGUGGAGGGCCUCCAGAGAGACAUAGAAAACUGUAACAGUAAAUAUGAUGUAUUGUUUUCAAAAACGGAGGAUAAUUCUGGUCUUUUAAAAUCCUUAAAUGGCUCUUUAAAUGAGAAAUUUAAUUUAGUUAAAGGCAGCCAACGUGACAUUCAGAAGCUUCAAAAGGAUUUACGAAUUAUUCGUUAUGGUCUGAAUGCUAUUGAUAAAAAUGUUAAGAAACUUCAGGGUGGUUUGAGCAGCUGCAAUGAACAACUUCUAGGUAUCAAUUCUACUUGUGAAAAGGUACAACCUGGUGCUUUCAGAAAGGGAGAUGAAAUACAGAAAACAGUGGGCAAUCAAACUCACCCAAACAGUAAUUGUUGUAAUGACUUAAAGGAUAGGAUGGAACAGUUAAGGACGAAGCUAUAUUAUAACCUGAACAAAUGCCAAGAGAAAUUGCCUGGUGUCUCUGAUAUGGAGGGUAGAGUGUCCAGUGUUGAAAAAACCUGCAACAAACUAGAUCAAGUGUCUAGCAGCCUCCAAAGGAUAAGGGAGGGAUUAAACAAACAUGUCUCCAGUAUUUGGAACUGUGUCAAUAAUAUGAACAGAACCAUAAUUUCCAAUUCCAAAGAUAUUUCUGGACUCAAGAAUUCAUCCCAGCAGUUCCACAGACAGUUCCACAAAUUCACCAUUGACCUCCAGAAUCUGAUGAAAACUAAACCUGCUACAUCUGAAAAUCCAGCAGUGUUACUACCAAGGAAACCACAAGGAAAGAUUCCCCUGCCACCACCAGUUCCAAGAAAACCAUUACAACCAUCUCAGUCAGAAACACAUCCAGCACCCUCACAGCCAAGGACGCCACUACAGCCACAACCAGGUGAGCAUGUGCAGUCAUCACAGCCAAGAAUACCCCUACAGAUUCCAGAAAUAAGAAUACCUUUGAAGCCAUCAGAUCCACAAAUAAUCGUACAACCACCAUUGCAAGGAAUACCUCUUCAGCCACCAGAUUCCAGAACUCCUCUACGGCCAUCAUCACGAGGAUCAAAAGCAGGAUCAAAACCUUCCUUGCCUGGGUCAAGUGGGAUAUUUAUGGAAACUGGACAGGCGGGACCUCCUGGUACAGUUUUAAUGUCGGAAAAAGGACGGGAAAAAAGGAUAAAUGGCCAAAAUGGCCAGAAUAACAUGCUGGUUUCUGAAGGUUCUGCUGGAGCACCAGGUUACCCUAAACUUCCAAGGCCUCCCUCUACAACUGCACAAGGAGCAGCUGUUUCUUCACUGGUGUCAUUCUCUGCUGGUCUCACUCAGAAGCCUUUCCCUAAUGACAUGGGUGUGGUACAUUUCAACAAAGUGCUUGUAAAUGAUGGAAGCCAUUAUAACCCUGAAACAGGCGUCUUUACAUCUCCCUAUGAAGGUCGUUAUCUGAUCACAGCUGUUCUAGCUCCAGAGAGGGAUGAAUACAUAGAAGCUGUGCUGUCAGUUUCCAAUGCAAGCAUUGCUCAGCUUCACACAGCUGGCUACAGAAGAGAGCUGCUUGAACACCACCGACCACGAUCAGGGAAACGAACUUGUGGUGGAACGGGGGCUUUCCAUCUUGUUCUUCACCUCAAAGCUGGAGCUGAAGUAAGCAUUGUAGUUACUGGGGGCAAGCUGGCCUACACAGACUCUGAUGAAAUAUACUCCACAUUCAGUGGGGUGUUUCUAUAUCCUUCCCUUUCUCAUGCAUAGAGGGGAGUAAUUAAUAAAUGGUGAAGCUUUAAUAUUUUAUUCCUCAUUUUUUUCAUCACCUUCAAUACUUCUGUUUUAAGUGCAAUCUUUACAUGACUAUAUUUUCUUUCCCUCAAUUGACUUUCUUUUAGAUUAUGGACAUUUAAACACCCUACAAAAGAACAGUAGUUACUAUGGGGGUAUCACUGAAAUAUGUUCAAAGUAAAUUAUGUUUAUUAACUUUUGAAAGAGAGACUUUAUAAUUGCAAUCCUGAGUCACUGAAGCUAGUUAAAUAAAUUUAAGAAUUAUCCUUGUAAAAUUCUCUUGUUUUCAUGCAUUAUCCUUAAAAUGCUGAAAGCAGCAAAGGAGGUCAGUCCUUUUCACUUUAGUUAGAACUAGCUACUGAAAAUUAUAGCAGUGGUUGCAGCAAUAACCUUUGUAUUUCACUUUCUAGUCUUCAAAGCAUUUCAUGUGCAUUAACUUGUUCUAACAAUCUUGUAAAUCAUGUUGUCAUCCCGAUAUUUUAGAUAGGGGGAAUGGAGCCCAAGGCCACAGAGUAAAUUCAAGAAAAAGGUAAUAUUUGAACUACUAUGCUAGGAGUACGGGGUUCACACAGAAUUAGGUUUUUGCAAGUAUCUGAUGUCAUAAAAGCCACUUUCACUUGAUACUACUUUAAUGUCAUAAAAGCUUUCAUCUGAGAAAAGUGCAAGUUGAGAACGGACAUAAUUCAACAUGGUCUAAAUAGCAUCACUCCGUUAUGUGUUUGUUUUUACAGCAGACUAUAUACUAAAAAGCAAAGCCACCCAGCCAAAUAGGCCACACCCUCCUUUUUCUGUACUGUACUUAGGACGCAGGUGGCGCUGUGGGUUAAACCACUGAGCCUAGGGCUUGCCGAUCAGAAGGUCGGCGGUUCGAAUCCCUGCGACGGGGUGAGCUCCCGUUGCUCGGUCCCUGCUCCUGCCAACCUAGCAGUUCGAAAGCACGUCAAAGUGCAAGUAGAUAAGUAGGGACCGCUACAGCGGGAAGGUAAACGGCGUUUCCGUGCGCUGCUCUGGUUCGCCAGAAGCGGCUUAGUCAUAUUGGCCACAUGACCUGGAAGCUGUACGCCGGCUCCCUCGGCCAAUAAUGCGAGAUGAGCGCCGCAACCCCAGAGUCGGUCACGACUGGACCUAAUGGUCAGGGGUCCCUUUACCUUUACUUGGUAAUCUACUAAUGGUGUUAGGAAUACUUGCUUCCUGCAGCCAAUGAAAGAACAUCCCUUAUGUCUUAUGAGGCUUGUGAAAUGUUCUUCUUGUCUUGCCUCUUGAGGUCUCAGAAAGCCUCUUGAACAUUGUUUCUGGACAACAUAAAGCAAAUUUCCUCCUGAAAGUGAUCUACUCAUACUUAAUAGAAGACUGCUGCUCUUAUAUGGGAAUGGCCAGGAGCCCUUCAGUAAACAAUGGGUCAUGCCUUUACUGAAGGUCUCCCUCAUGUCUCCAGAAGAGGCAGUCACAGUAAAAAUCUAGUACUUAAUAUAGUUGGCAGAAAUUUUGCCCCAGCCCCCAACUGCAUUUAGCCACCAUGGAAAAGGCUCGCCAGCCCCAGUUCUGCAGCAAAGAAGUAACUUUUAUGGAAAUUGCAUUUCUCAAAGAUACACAUCACUUCUAUGUUAACCCAAAGCCUUUCCAGCCUACUUUCAGGUAGAGUCCAAAAUGAACUUAACUACAGGCUUUUUCAGCUGACUGUCUCAUCCGUGUUUAUUCUCCUCUACACCCAAGGUAAUUUUUCCUAUAUUGUACUGAAUGGAAUUUCUGUGAUUUGGCUGCAGACCGUUCUGAGCCCACAGGGAAUAAUUUCAAAUGUAUAAAUAUAACACAUGUAGUGAGGUUUUAUUGUAAAUUUUAUUAACACAGCACAGUGGACAUUUUUUUCCUAACAGACCAGUCUUUACAAAAAACAAAACAAAACACUGUACUGGAAUGUUCAAUGAUUAAUAAGUGAAUAAAGGUAUAUCAAAGAAAAAACUGGUUAUAACACAAUUAAAUAGAAUGUACUGAAGAAUUAUCUCCAAUCUUGCAUUCAGAACCAACCACAAUGUAGAUUCUCUUGCUCUCUAAAGGUGUCAAAAGUUUUGCUGAUGAAAGCCUUAUCGCAAAGGUAUCAGUUCUAAUAUAUCUGUCUUACAUAUUAGUUGCUUUAAAGGCUUGAGAUAUCUUGCACUUCAGUUACCAGCCUGCAUCACAGUCAUAUUUGCAUAAAUUGAAUGCAUUUAGAAGUUUUCCAAUGCUGAGCCAUGUAAUAUUUUUCCAGAUGAGGGCACAAUUCUUGAAAAAGUAUAUCGAUAGCGGAGCACUGUUUUUCAAGAAUCCCGUUUGCCCUGCUUAAUAGAGACUAUUUUUGCAUUUAUACAUGCAUACACACCACCUUCUCUCCUCCAAAUACUAGUCUUAACACAAGAGAUCUAGAACCUUUACACUGCAAUAGAAAACUGUUUUCUUGCAUAAACAAGCAGAGCUUGCCUUAUUUAUCCACACAUUACUUGCAGGCUUUGAUUUCCCAGCUCCUUACUUUACUUGUAUUCAUUUUACAUGACAAAUUCCAGGUAAAUGAUUUGAGAGGUGCAGCAUAAGCUGUUCAAUACACUUCCAAAGUAAAAGGAAAUGCAUAUUCCAAAACAGCCUUUAAAAGGUUCUUUGUUCAUAAACACAAAUGUAUAUCUCUUUCAUGGAAAGAACUAAGAAACUUGUGCUAAUCUGAAAUAGAUUUAGUACAAGCGUUGUUUCCCAAUACCAGUUCCAAACCAGCCAUUUCCAGUACAGCAAGGAAACAGAUUAAAAAUUACCUCUAGCAGAUAGCUACGGUAUAUUGGGCACCAUCUACCAAUGAGCAGCUCUGGAGUCACUGAGGUAAAAUCCAAACUCAUUAUGUAAUGGUCUGCAUAGCACUAUUCAAAUUGAGACCAAGAGAUAGAAAACAAUAGUAUAUCAUUU